GCUCUCGUGGCCUCCCUUAACAGACUUCUUCGGGAGGGAGAAGUGCUCCACGGACUCCAUCAGCAUUGGGUGGUCGACAUCGGAUCGGGCAACGUGGCCAAGAUUGGCUUGGGCAUUGAUCCCGACCAUAUCAGUAACCUGCAGCACAUCAACGAGCACAUGCCAGAAAUCCCAACCCCUCGAUUCCUUGGUGCUCUGUCCGGUGGCCGGUUAACCUACAUCUUCAUGUCUCGGUCCCAGGGCGUCACACUGGAAAGUAUCUGGCCCGAUCUCACAGUGGGACAGAAGCUGUCAGUCAAGCAGCAGCUGGCUGAGCAUCUCAAGCGCCUUCGCCAAAAGUCCCCUCUUGCUGGGCAGACCCGACUUGGCAGCUUCGAGUCGGGGAUCUGUAAAGAUCUGAGGAGGUCAUUGCGCGUGUCGUCCGCGCCUUUGCACAGCGAAACAGAAUGGAACGACUUUCUCUGCAAGGAGCCGGGCAGAACCGCGAUAGCAUUCAUUAGGAUGAUACGGUCCUUUAUGACAGAAGAUCACCGUAUCGUCAUGACGCAUGGCGACCUCCACCCACGCAACAUUAUGGUUGUGACGGGAGCGAGCGACGGCGGAGAAGCUGACAUUCGUGUCACCUCAAUACUGGAUUGGGAGCUUGCCGGAUGGUACCCCGAGCAUUGGGAAUUCGUCCGAGCUCUCAACACCAUUGGAUCUCGGGGACGCUGGAACGAUUGGGUCGAGUAUCUGCCAGCCGACGCCAUCGGACAGUAUCCUGUUGAGUACUCGCUGGACUGUCUCAUUGAUCGCUGGCUGGGUUGA